GAGGGACGGGUGGGGUCUGGAGGCCCCUCUGAGCGGUCCGGGAGGGAGUGUGGGGGGAUCCCCACUUUGAUGGGGUCCCGGCUUUGGGGGUUCCCAGGCCCUGAUCCCCCUCCCUUUCCCCCCCAGGACCCCCUGAGCUGGAUCUGGGGGUGCGCUCCCCUCUCCCCCCACGAUGGCCGCACUGGGCAGCAGCUCCAGGUGGUCACCGAGUACGUGGUCAGGGUGCCCAAGAACACCCCAAAACGCUACAACAUCAUGGCCUUCAACAGCGCCGACAGAGUGACCCUGAGCACCUGGGCACAGGCGCGCAUGGAGCGGGACAUGAGCAACAAGCGCAUCUACGCUGAGGAGGAGCUGCCCGAGUCCGGCGCCGGCAGCGAAUUCCACCGGAAGCUGCGGGAGGAGGCGGAGGAAGAAAUACGGGAUCGGAGGAAGAAAUACGGGAUCGUCCUGCGGGAAUUCCGGGCUGAGGACCAGCCCUGGCUGCUGCGGGUCAACGGGAAAACCGGCAGGAAGUUCCGGGGGGUGAAGAAGGGGGGGGUGACAGAAAAUGCCUCCUACUACGUGUUCACCCAGUGCCCCGACGGCGCCUUCGAGGCCUUCCCGGUCCGGAACUGGUACAACUUCACCCCCCUGGCCCGGCACCGCACCCUGACGGCCGAGGAGGCCGAGGAGGAGUGGGAGAGGAGGAACAAGGUGCUGAACCACUUCAGCAUCAUGCAGCAGCGGCGCCUGCGGGACCAGGACGAGGAGGACGAGGACAAGGACAAGGGGAGGAAGGCCCCGGGCAAGGGCGGGGGGCUCCGGAUUCACGACCUGGAGGAGGAUCUGGAGCUCAGCUCCGAGGAGAGCGAGGGCAGCGAGGCUGAGGGUGAGAGGGGGAAAUCCCGAAAUCUCACAGAAUCCUCCUCAAAGCUGCCGGAGGGGGCCCGAGGAGGAGGAGGGAAGAAGGGCAGGAAGGGCUCAGAGGACGAAGCUCUCGAGGACAGCGAUGACGGUGACUUCGAGGGCCAGGAGGUGGAUUACAUGUCUGAUGGCUCCAGCAGCUCUGGCGAGGAAGACGCCGGCAAAGCCAAAGCGCCCAAGGAGGAGGAGGAAGGCCCAAAAGGCAUCGAUGAGGCGAGCGAGAGCAGCGAGGAGAGCGAGGAGGAGAAGCCAGAGGAGAAGGAGGAGGAAGAGGAGGGAAAAGCUACCCCCACCCCCCAGGACAAGAAGAAAAAGAGGGAAAGCAGCGACGAGUCGCAGACUUCGGAGGAGAGCGACAUCGACAGCGAGACAUCCUCAGCACUGUUCAUGGCGAAGAAGAAGACCCCCCCCAAGCGGGAGCGCAGGGCCUCAGGCAGCAGCUCCAGGGGGGGCUCCCGGCCUGGGACCCCCACGGACUCAGGGGGCACCGGGGGGACCCUCAGGGCCGCGGCUGCCAGGCUGGAGCAAGGCCGCCGGGCCCCCCCGGGGGGGUCGGAGCCCCCUCCCCAGAAGCGGCUGAAGGUGGAGCCGGGGCCUCCCUCGGGCAAAUGCACGCCCCAGCCCCACUCCGGGAAGUCGACCCCAAGCAGCGGGGAGGUGCAGCUGACCGAGGAGGCCGUGCGCCGGUACCUGUCCCGGAAGCCCAUGACCACCAAGGACCUGCUCAAGAAGUUCCAGACCAAGCGCACGGGGCUGAGCAGCGAUGCCACCGUCAAUGCCCUGGCCCAGCUGCUCAAGCGCCUCGACCCGGAGAGGAAGCUCAUUGCGGACAAGAUGCACUUCUUCCUCAAGGAGUAGGGACCCCCCCUGGAGCCACCAGAACCCCCAAAUCCACAGAGACCCGCCCAAAACCCCAGAGCCAUCCUGCUGCUGCCCUGAGUUCCUUUAGAAGUAUCUCCAGGAGAGGGAUGCCAAAAUCCAUUGGAACCCCCAAAUCCCACGGGAACCCCCCCAUUCCCACAGGAGCCCCCCAGUUUUCCCAGCCCCCACCCACCCACUCCAGAUGCCCCCCUUUCCCCGUACCGCCCCCCCCUUUUCCUGACUCCCACCCCCUGUCCCAAAUUUCUGUGAACAAACUCAUCACUCCCCUGCCCCCUCCCCAGGAAUUUGGGGGGCCCUGGAAUUUUCCUGGGGUGGGGCAGGGAAGAGACUCCCCCCCACACUCUGCCUGGUUUUUGGGUCAGAAUUGGGAUGUUUUGCUAUUUUUA